AUGCCCCCAAUUUCGGCUGACAGUCUGCGGCGUCUGAGCAAGUUUCACCGGAAAUGGGCGUAUCCAGCGCACCUGGUUGCUGGACGGAGAGUCGGCGGAUACAAGUACAUUUCGGUGCAGGCGACGCCUGCGACAGAUACCAGCAGAAUCAGUGUGGCGGGCAGAUCGCUGUCGGCCGCAUCGCCAGACGCCUCAUUCGAAGUCAUUGGAAGCCCAUACUCUCUCCUUUCCGUCACCCUAUCGCCUUCUCAAGAGCUGUAUACUCGUAGAGGAACACUGGUGGCCUUUGCCGGAGAUCCCAAUGGGACUGUCUCGACCUUGCGAAUCCUCAAUCCCAUCCGCCGUGCCCUCAUCGGAAUACCUUUCCUGUAUCAAAAGAUCACAUCCACAUCCCCUUCCAAUGCUCUGAUUGCGACGAGGUCGCCAACGACCACAUUUGCCAUUCUGCAGCUGGACGGCACGAUGGAUUGGAAGUUGGCUCAAAGAAAGGCGCUCUUGGCUUGGACUGGCAGCACGCUCUCGGUGAAGCCAAGUAUAAGCACAAGAUUUUCUCUCGCAUACUGGGGGAGUUCCAACGUCACCGGAAGAGGACUGCUUGCACUCGCAGGUCAAGGCCAAGUUUACUCCGUCGACCUCGCAGAAGGGGAGACAUACAUCGUUCAUCCUUCCAACAUACUCGCCUACAGCUCCUCCUCACCUUCUCCAGCACCUCAGCCCUUUCGAUUCAAGUCAUCCAGUGCACGAUUCCAAAUCCCUCUUCAGCUCGGCAACUUCUUUCCCUCGUCGAAAUUUGUUGAAACCCUGAAAACCAGCAGCACUUACAAAUUCGUUGCCAAUAUGCUAUACAGGAUCCGCACAUGGAGCCGACGGACGAUCUGGGGGGACCGGUUGUUUCUACAGUUUAGCGGGCCGACAACACUUCUGAUCCAAAGUCGAGCUGCGAGGGUAAAUGAUGUCUUGACAACACAGGAAGUGAACGAGAUUGCAGACACCCCUGCAGGAGCUGUUCAGGAGGCCAUCUCCAGUGUUCGCUCUACAGGCCCUGAAUUGUCCAAACCAGGCUCAGCUGUACCUGUGUCUUCGGUGCCUGUGCCACCGAGGCUGUCAGUGGCAAGCGUCAGCCGCGAUGGGAAGGUUACUUUCGACACCGCGCAAGACACUACUCAGAAAAGGGGCUAG